CGGUAUACCGAGCUGUGCCACCCCACCCUGUUCUGGGAGGACCCCAAGUGCCCAGCGAGGCAGCCGGGCCAGGCGGAGGAGGACCCCGCCGUGGCCCUGAAGCUCGCGGAGGCGCCCAUGCUCCCGCGGGCGCCGCAGCCCGCGGGCGCUGCCGUGCGCCAGGCGCCCGGCGUGCGGCAGGCGCUGUGCCGGGCGGCGCAGGAGGCGCGGGAGCUCACGGCCAGGUGGCGGGAGGACCAGGACCAGCAGCAGGGGCCGGAGGGCCAGCCCUCCCGCGCCGCGGACUGGCCCGGGGGCCCCGAACAUGUGGCGGCCCCGCGGGAGCAGGAGCAGGA